AUGCCCAAAAACCUACUAAGAAUCAUCAAUCUUUUCCUAGAGACUCUCAGAAUUCUUUCAAAGAAUCCAGUUGUGAGUAAGGGCUUACCCUCUGAGACUGAGACCAAGAAAAGGCAGAGGUUGUUGGAGAUUAAGGAUCAAGAAGGAGGAAAGAAAUGUUUGUCUCCCUCAAUUUUUAGAAAAAGUAGAGGACCCAUUAUUUUUGCAGUGCAAAGUUCUAAUUUCACUUCUCAAAACGGAAACUUAGAUGUACCAGUUAAGACUGGAUCAUUAAGCUCCAAGAGAAUAGAUGGAAAUUAGGUAGCUAAGGAACUUAAUCUUUAAGAUUUCGAUAUAAAUUUGUGCGCUGAGCCAAAAGACGUGCAUCGUAAGAAUAACCACUUAAAAAUUAUAGUGUAAUCUUACAAAUGCUUUGACAAUUAUCUUGGAAUGGUAUCUUAGUUAUAUUGUGGGCUUCCUCUUCCUUAAAAUCUUGGCAAAGGUAGGCAAGACCCCCUAAUGAUUCAUCUUGGAUUAUAAACAAAAAAAUAGCAAUAAAAUUAGUAAAGUGGCACCUUAAAUGGUGGAUCAUCAGAUCCCCAAUUAUCGAAUUAAAAGAUUGAAGCAUCUCAGGAGGCAGAUUAAUAAUAAAGUUCUAAUAAUUACUAUCGUCCUGCAAAUUAUUCUAAAGAUGAAAAUAGGUUUAAAUUUACUACAUUUGACGAGCUCAUAAACCCACUCCGAAGUGAUCAUCCAUUUGAAUUAUGGGCACCCAAGGAAAUCGCAAUAUUUGAAGCUUGCAUAUGUCGAUAUGGAAAAAACUUCGAUAAAUUUUCACAUUUUAUUAAGACGAAGUCUCAGAAAGAAAUAGUCGAUUUCUACUUUGCUUGGAAGAAAACAUCUCAUUAUAGAUGCUGGAAGAGUAAAUAAGAUAAGAGAAAGGUGACUGAUAAUUAGAAUGAUUGGGUCUUCUAAUGA